CGUUGAUACGUUCAUAUUUUACAGUGAAUUACUGGGAUGUUCGAAUGCAGUGAUUUUGCAUCAAACUUCAAAUCCAACGAUGUAAACACGUACUGAUCCUACACACCAGAGCUUGGCUGGGAUUGAUGUGUUUUCCCCACCAGCUGACAGGAAGACCGAUUAGGACUAAAACUGGAGUGGCUCCAAGCAGGAAUACGUACGUUUAAGCCAAACCCAGACCAUAAUAGUGCAUCAUUCUCUGGUUCAAGUGAAGCCACGUUGGAGGGAAUUGAAUUAGCAGAGUGAAGAAGGAUGGUGAUUGUUUGUGGUUGGUGUUGUAGCUAAAUGAAGGAAGGUACUGGACCGGCCCACACCCAUCUAGAACAGACCAUUUCCAUAUCUAGACCCUGCCGUGGGUUCCACUUCGAACUCGAUCUGUUCUGUUGAGGCCCACUUUUCCCUCUAUUUUUUUUUCUCGACACUUCGAACUCAAUCUAAUUAUAAGGGUAGUCGAUGAUUAACGAUUAUAUUAAUUAUGGUAGUCCAAUUUAGCUAAUUAGUAAUUGGUGGUUAACGAUUAACCAAUUAAGUGAUUAACCGUUGACGGUCAUCCUCACAGUUAGGACCGAAUAUAGUAGGCAUCGAUGAGCCAAAAGUAUAGGCUGGAAAAUAAUGUGUUAUUUGAAGGCAUGCAAGAACCCUACUUGUUAUAGUGGCUUAGUUUCACCUGAGAAUAAUUUCAGGGGAAGGGUUAUAGAAGGAUCACGGUAAAACAAAAAAGAUACACUUAUGCCAGAACUCUGUUUUGCAGUACCUAGAAGAAUUAUGUUGCAAUAAUGACAUUUGAAUGUGGUAUCAUGGAGAAUAAGACAUCGAUUUUUAUUUUAUUUUUUAUAAUUCUUUGGGGUUAAUUGCAUGGUUGGUCACUGAGAUUACAAAAAACGUUCAUAUUUGGUCACGGUAAAUAUUUAAAUCCAAUUUUGGUCACUCAAAUUAGUUAAAUGGUUCAAGUUUAGUCACUCUCCGUCCAACUCCGUUAAAUUUGUCUGAUGUGGCAGUCAACCCUCAAAGUUGACCGUUAACUCAGUGACGUGACAAUUAAAAAAUAAUAAAUAAAAUAAAUUUUAAUCUUCUACCAUUUCCAACUCAUUUUCACAAUAAAAUAAAAUAAAUAAAACAAAAAAUAUUAUAAUUACAAAUUGAAAAGUGCUCAUCACCGACGACAACAACAACCACCACCUCUCCUCCGCCGCCGAUGACAACAACCACCGCCUCCGCCGCCGGUACCAGGACCUCUCCACCAUCCUCCCCCACUGACUCGGCCCCGACGAUCUCCUCUCCAAGGACGUUCCCCUGAUCCUCGAGCGGCACAACAACGAUCUCGCCCUCGUUCACACCCAAUUCAUUCCUUUCCCACUAAAACCCCAAUUCUGAAUCGGAUCGGUUUUUCGCUUGUCUAAGCAUAUUUCUGCAAACAUUUCUUUUUCGCAGGGAAACGUAGAUCUAUGUUGAAGCUGGGAUUGGGUAAGUUAUCAAUGUCUAGUUGUUUUGUUUUUUACCCCGAUGGAAAUUUCCUGUCAUACAUUCUGAUUCCUCUGUUUUUCUCCAGGUCUAGGGUUUGGAGUGGUAAUACUAGUCAUGAUUUUGCUCUCUGCUUUCAUUUGCCAUCGCAAGAGAAGAAGAAGGCAGAAGAAUCAACAAAGCUUCGAUUCGGGAAACGCCUAUAUCAAACCAUCUCCCACCACCAGAGACCCGGACGAAGAAGCCAACACCUGCUUUGGAAUCCCAAUCUUCACCUACGGCGAGCUCGAAGAGGCCACGAACCGUUUCGACAGCGACAAAGAACUCGGCGACGGAGGAUUUGACACCCAACGAGGGCGAGAUCGUUGUUGUGCCGCUCGAGGAUCAGGGGACGUCCUUGGAGAGGAGAUCGUCAGGGCCGAGUCGGUGGGGGAGGAUGGUGGAGAGGUCCUGGUACUGGCGGUGGUUGUUUUCAAUUUGUAAUUAUAUAUAUAUAUUUUUUUACUUUAUUGUGAAAAUGAGUUGGAAAUGGUAGAAGAUUAAAAUUUAUUUUAUUUAUUAUUUUUUAAUUGUCACGUCACUGAGUUAACGGUCAACUUUGAGGGUUGACUGCCACAUCAGACAAAUUUAACGGAAUUGGACGGAGAGUGACCAAACUUGAACCAUUUAACUAAUUUGAGUGACCAACAUUGGAUUUAAAUAUUUACAGUGACCAAAUAUGAACGUUUUUUGUAAUCUGAGUGACCAACCAUGCAAUUAACCCUAAUUCUUUGGUAUUUUUUCCAUCAAAGAGCACACUUGUUUGGCGAUACCGCAGUAGCUACGCCAUCGCCAAAAGGAGCAAUUGAUAGGGUAUCCUAGUAACUAAGUAGGCAAAACUCUAGCUAAUGGUAUAAAGAAGGAAAGAAGACAAAAGAGCAAAAAGACAAGGCAAGGAGACAAGAGACAAGGCCAGACACCUGACAUCAGCAAGGACAAGGGGCAGGGGGACACUCUCUGUCAAAAAGUACCAUGUACAGUGUCAGAAGGUCUGAGGCGCCCGACCACAGCAUUUAUGGCUUGGCAGGCGCCCAGACCACUACCUAACCCUCAAAUGUGUAUAAAUAGGAGUUCUCUCCUCAUAAAUGGCAAUCUAUCUACUCUUACUCUAAUUUCUCUCUACUUUCUCUCUCUAUAUACUUCUUCUUUUUUCCUACUUCCGACGAGGCGGGGCGCCUACCCCCUCAAAGUCAUGGCUGACGCCCCAAACCCCUUGGACCUGAGUGACGCCUAGUCGUCCGGGCUCAAACAUGAUCCAAAUCCACCAAUCCAUUUCCUCCAAAUUCAUAAAUUCACUAAUAUCUAUGAAUUCAAUCUAUUUUCCACCUCUAAUCCCAUUGCAUGCAUUAGCAAGAAGAAUGUCUCCACACCCGCACGUCUAUGCAUGUCUCUUUGUGCCUUUUAGAGUUCACUUGAUGUUGAUUCGAUUAUUCGGUUAAACUGAAAAUCAGACCAUAUUAAUCGAUCCAGUUGCAACGAAAUCUUUUACGCAACAAGGUUGGUUUAGGGAUGGCAAAAAUAUCCGUGACCGUUGAUAUCCACCCGAAUCCGGCAUAAUUGGGUAGGGUAAAACCCGAACCCAAAGGACAUUUAGUGGAUACGGGUAAAACCCAAAGCCGAAUAUUAUGGGUAAUGGGUGGGCAUGGGUUUCUCACUAAGCAACCUGAACCCUCCCGAUUAUACACAUGCAUUUUGUCUAGAAAUAAUCAUUAUUUUUCUCUAACAUAUUUUAUAUUUAGCAUAUAAAUAUAAUAUUUUCAUGAAAUUGUGUUGUUUUAAUUAAUUUUCUUCAUUCUAGUGUAUUAUUGUCGUACUUUUCUUCUUACGUAAUGUGAGAAUACCUGUGAAUGUUAACAUAUUGGUUGGAGUUAUGAAGAAAAAUUAUUACCCAUGGAUAACCAUGGAUACCCGAAACCCGAACGGGUAUGGGCAUGGUUUUGAUUUUCUACCCGUUUCUCAUAUGAGUAUGGGUAUGGAUAAAAUUCGAACUACUUUGGGUAGGGUAACGGAUAUACGCUAUCUGCCCUCGACCUGACCCAUUGCCAUCCUAGGUUGAUUUGAUUUCCGACUAUGGAGAGGCUAAUAAAUGAUUAAUCAUUUCGGUUCAUAAUACUUCAGAUCCAUAGAAUGAUCCAAUAGGAAUAGAGGUGGCAAAUGGAUUGGUGGAUUGGAUUGAUGGAUCCAUGGAUAAAAUGGAUUGGUGGAUUCAUGGAUUGGAUCAAGUGGAUUUGUGGAUUAUCCAUGAAUCCAAAUGACAUGUCCAACCAAGGACCAAUAUGUAAGAUGUGCAAAGUUUAGGUACUAAAAUGUCAUAAUGAAAAGAUUUAGGUACCAAAACAUAAUUUUUCAAUGAUAUUUUCUUAUAAAAAAAUUAAAUUAUAGCUAGGUACCAAAAUGUAAAAUAUAAAAAUUAUAGGUACCA